GUGUGUGGAGGGAAGGGUCUGCCGUCGAGCACUGUGAGCUGAAUUUUUGGUGUAUCCAAAGAAAGAAUUUGGAGUUUCCUGGUUUCUUCUAUCACGAUGAUGGUGGAAGGUAUGUGUGAAUCCAGUGAAUCCAGCAGCAUGGAUCAGUGGGAGGACACUCAGGAGGGAGCCCCUCCGACUAAAAAAAGGAGAGAUGCAGAGCAUGAGAGCCAGAGCAAAGCUCAGAGGAACCAACCUGGACCUGGAUCUGAAUCCAGCUGGGGGUCCAACAGGAGUGACACGUCCAAGGGUAUACCUCCUGACUUCAAAGACAUCCGUUCAGGAGUGGCACCGAACCGACCUGGAUCUGAAUCCAGCUGUGUGUCCUUCAGGAGUGACAUGUCCAAGGGGAUACCUCCUGAAUUCAAAGACAUUCAUUCAGGAGUGGACGAGAACCAACCUGGAUCUGGAUCCAGCUGUGUGUCCUUCAGGAGUGACAGGUCCAAGGGGAUACCUCCUGAAUUCAAAGACAAUCAUUCAGGAGUGGACGAGAACCAACCUGGAUCUGAAUCCAGCUGUAUGUCCUUCAGGAGUGACAGGUCCAAGGGGAUACCUCCUGAAUUCAAAGACAAUCAUUCAGGAGUGGACGAAGAGAAGAAGAGGAGAAGACCCCAGUCUGCAGAAAGACCCAGAGCUAAUGUCGAUCUGCAGGAGAUGUUUGGAGAACAUCAUAUCAGUCUGAGGAGCAGAAGUGAACAUGUGGCUGAAGGAACUGAAGAAGCAGGAAGAGAAACGCUCUUCAACAGGGUCUACACUGAGCUCUACAUCACAGAGGAACUGAGACCAGAGGGUCACACCCAACAUGAGGUGAUGCAGCUGGAGACAACCACCAAGACCAACAAGCUCCAUGACACUGCAAUCAAGAACCCAGACAUCUUCAAAGUCUUCCCUGACCAACACAGAUCCAUCAGAGUGGUUCUGACCAGCGGAGUUGCUGGAGCUGGAAAAAGCUUCUCAGUGCAGAAGUUCACUCUGGACUGGGCCGAGGGCUUGGAGAACCAAGACAUCAGUGCUGUGGUUCCUCUGUCCUUCAGGGAGAUGAACUUGAUCAGAGAUGAGCAGCACAGUCUUCUCUCUCUGAUCCAGCUGUUCCAUCCAACACUCCAGAAGAUCCCAGCAGAACAGCUGUCUGUCUGCAAACUUCUGUUCAUCUUUGAUGGUCUGGAUGAAAGCAGACUUUCUCUGGACUUCAACAACAGUCUGGUGGUGUCUGAUGUCACACACAAGUCCUCAGUCAACGUGCUGCUCACUAACCUCAUCCAGGGACGUCUGCUGCCCUCAGCUCUGGUCUGGAUCACUUCCAGACCUGCAGCAGCCAAUCAGAUCCCUCCUUCAUGUGUGGACAGACUGACAGAAGUACGAGGCUUCAAUGAUGCUCAGAAGGAGGAGUACUUCAGGAGGAGGUUCCCAGAUGAAGAGCUGUCCAGCAGAAUCAUCUCCCACAUCAAGGGCUCCAUGUCCCUCUACAUCAUGUGUGAGGUUCCAGUCUUCUGCUGGAUCACUGCUGUGGUUCUGGAGAACCUGCUGACCACAGAGCAGAGAGGAGAGCUGCCCACCACCCUGACUGACAUGUACUCCCACUUCCUGAUGGUCCAGACAAAGAGGAAGAAGAACAAGUACCAGCAGGAACAUCAGACAAGUCCACAAGAGCUGACAGAGACUGACAGAGAAGUUCUUCUGAAGCUGGGGAGGCUGGCAUUUGAACAUCUGGAGAAAGGAAACAUCAUGUUCUACCAAGAAGACCUGCAGCAGUGUGGUCUGGAUGUCACAGAGGCCUCAGUGUACUCUGGAGUUUGUACUGAGAUCUUCAGAAGAAAGUGUGAGAUCUUCCAGAAAGCGGUCUACAGCUUUGUUCAUCUGAGCGUUCAGGAGUUUCUGGCUGCAGUCUACAUGUUCCACUGUUACUCCAACAGGAAGGUAAAGGUCAUUGAGGACUUACUGGAGGCCAAAAUGGAGAACCCAUCCCUGGAUGAGUUUCUGAGUAGAGUCAUGGAGAAAUCCCUGCAGAGUAAAACUGGACACCUGGACCUACUUGUUCGCUUCCUUCAUGGUCUCUCUGUGGAGUCCAACCAGAGAGUCUUAGGAAGCCUGCUGGGUCAGACAGAGAAGAAUCCAGGAACUAUCCAGUGGGCCAUCAACAAGCUGAAGAGAGUCAACAUCAGUGGAGUAUCUCCUGUCAGAAGCAUCAACAUCUAUCACUGUCUGAUGGAGAUGAAGGACCUCUCAGUUCAUCAGGAGAUCCAAGAGUUUCUGAAGUCAGAGAACAAAUCAGAGAAGAGACUCUCAGAGAUCCACUGCUCAGCUCUGGCCUACACUCUGCAGAUGUCAGAAGAGGUUCUGGAUGAACUGGACUUGGACCAGUACAAAACAUCAUCAGAUGAGGCUACACGGAGACUGAUCCCAGCUGUGAGGAACUGCAGAAGGUUCAGACUUUCACAGCGAUAUAUACACUUUGAGACUCACUAUAACAUGAAGCCCAACCCGUCCCACCUGUCAGAACUGGGCCUGGAAAACAUCAGAAUGCAAGCUCAGAGACUUCCAGAACAAUGUGGACUCUCAGAGACUCACUGUGAAAUCGUGGCCUCUGCUCUGAAGUCCAACCCGUCCCACCUGAUAGAACUGGACCUGAAAAACAACAGCCUGGAGGAUUCAUCCAUGAAAGUUCUGUGUUCUGGACUGGAGAGUCCAAACUGCAGACUGCAGACUCUAAGGUUGAUAGACUACAAAUUGUCAGAGAUCAGCAGUAAAGAUCUGGGCUCAGCUCUGAAGAAAAACCCGUCCAAUCUGACAGAACUGGACCUGAGCUGGAACAUCCUACAGGAUUCAGGAGUUCUUCAUCUUUGUGGUUUUCUAGAGAGUCCAGACUGCAGACUGCAGACUCUGAGGUUGAUAGACUGCAGUUUGUCAGAGAUCAGCUGUGAAGUUCUGGGCUCAGCUCUGAAGAAAAACCCAUCCAAUAUGAGAGAACUGGACCUGAGCGGGAACCAAAAUUCAGGAGUUCUUCAUCUGUGUGGUUUUCUGGAGAGUCCAGACUGCAGACUGCAGACUUUGAGGUUGGUGAAAUGCAGUUUGUCAGAGAUCAACUGUAAAGAUCUGGUCUCAGCUCUGAAGAAAAACCCAUCCAAACUGACAGAACUGGACCUGAGCGGGAACCAGAACCUGCAGGAUUCAGGAGUUCUACAUCUGUGUGAUUUUCUGGAGAGUCCAGACUGCAGGCUGCAGACUUUGAGUUGUAAGGAAAGGUCCUUCCUGAAGAUCAAACUGAUAUAUGGAUAA